CAGUGGCAAAGCGAGCCCCUAUUUCCGUUAGCAGUUAACCGUUUAAUAGCACAGAAAGGUCAAGUCUGUUACGACUGCAUGAAUAAAUACAAAUUGACAAGAGACUCCCUUGAAAUUAAUGUCGCGCACAGGAAACAUUUUCCUCUCGCAAAAAAAUAAAUAAAAAAGAAAAAAAAACUCAAGUCAAAGAACAUUGGAUGGAUAAGAUUUGGAAAAAAAAAUCAAGAUUGUCAGGACAUGAAACGUGGUAAAAGUCAACCGUGAAAGUGACGUCACUCCCUGGUUUCUAAGGUCCCAGUGAAUCGAUGAAACACCUACACUUCAGUAUUAGACGAACUGCCGCUCGAGAAGAUGCACAGGCUAACCAAGAACUUCAUCGAGCCUGACGGGCUGCAUAUCCUGACCCAGCCCAUGCAGGUCUCCGAAUUCGGCGUCUUCGACGUGAUCACCGCUCUCGGGUCCCUGGGCCUCUUCUACUUCGACGUGAUCUCCGACAUCCUGGUCGCAUACUACAUGUACGACGAUAAGGCCACGCAGCAGUGGUUCUUGACGACGGUCCUGGUGCUAGUCCUUCCACUGAUAAUAGUCAAUGGGUUCAGUUUCUAUUGGUACUGGUUUGACAGCAACAUCUGCGAAGUCGGGGGGAUGUGCUACAGAACUCCCAAAGCGUCGCCGUGCCUCUGGUUCGUCAGGAUUCUGGGUCAUCUCGUCCUCCACGCAUGCGUCUUGAGGUACUUUGAUGUACUUUACUAUGGCCUGAAAAGCAGACAAAAAUCCUCGCUAACCCCUGAACAAGCCACGGAGAAAAUCGAAGGAGAUAAACUGGGGGCGACGUGUCCAUCGAGUGCGUGUCCGCCACCCCACCUCUCAGGGCCGUACUACCAGAAGCUGUGGCUUCACGCUGAGAGAGACACGGCUACCGUAGAUCUUCUCAGUUCCUUGAUACAGGACGCCCCCCAGCUCAUUGUGCAGCUCUACAUCAUGUCCUUUACCGUCCCAGAUCAGGCUUUGGAAGGAAAUAUCUCGUCGACGCUAAUCGUACAGCUGCUGUCAGUUUCGGCAUCCUUCAUGGCCAUGGCGUGGUCAGUGGCAUCGUUCGCUAAGGCAGUACGUUUGGCUGAGCCCUCCCUGGGCGAUUUCAGCCCCUGUGGUAUGAUGACGUUCACCCUCGCCCAUUACUGCUGCAUUGCCCCUCAGGUGGUGUGCUUCGCCCUGUUUUCCACUAAAUAUCUCACCAUUUCCAUCGUCGUCGUCGUGUGUCAGUGGCUGGUCGCAAGCAUCAUCACCUUAUCUAUGAUCAUUUAUUGUGCCAAUCCCGCCCAGCUGCAGGCUACGUUUCCACACGACGUCAAAACGGGCCCCUGCAGUCGACUGGAUGACGUUUUCUUCAGCGCCGCCUGCGGGUUGGUUCUUCUGUUCACGUUUCCCGACGUCGGGGUAAAAAAACUCAAGGUGCAAGGGGUGCUGUUCCACAUCCUGAGGCUGACCGAGGAAUGUUGCAUGAUCGCCUUUUGGUACUUGCAAACAGAGGGUCAAGUGUGGUAUCACUGGCUUCCCGUGGCCAUGGUUCCUACUUUCUUCGUCCUGAGUACGGUGUUCUCAGGUUUUUAUUAUUUUGGCUGUCAUCCGGAUCAUCGCAGACAUUCAGUAGCCUGAUAAAAAGCAGAGGUGUCACUCUUGUACAAAGCCUUCCCUCCUGAAUGAAGUGAUACCUCAUCCGUCCGACUGGGUAAGAUAAAUGUUGUGCCUCGUCCCUCUGCUUAGUUGAAGAGGUAGAGGUCACUGUCCAUCAAAUCAAUAUCGCGAGAUUUUUCUGUCUUGGAGACUGAGGGAAAAACACAGGCCAUGUCCGUCCAACCAACUAUAGCUGGUUCACUUAAGGUAGAUUCUUGGAUGAGCUCUUCUUACGAGACGUUUGUUUGGCGGCCGCCGAACUAACGUCUCGUAGGCAUAGGGCUCAUCCAAGAAUCUACCUUAAGUGAACCAGUUAUAGAAGGUAACACCAAGCCUGUCCAACUGAGGACAGGAUACAGGGCCACGUCCAUCCAGUCAACUUGGAGGUAUGUGAGCCAUUUACAUCCAGCUGAUUAGACAAUGCGUAAUAGCAAGAAUUUUCUGUCCAGAUUACAGAGGGGAAACAGAGAGCCAUGUUCGUCUAGCCAACUGAGAAGAUAUAUUAGUGGACCAUGUCUGCCGAACUGACUAGGAGAUGAAGUGAACCAUAUACCAUCCAUCCAACGAAUAGUCAAGACCCAGCCUUUUCUGUUCACGUGACUGGGGUGGAAAGUUACAGACACGUCUAUCAAACCGACUGGGCGAUACAGUGAAUUUUGUCUGUCCAGCCUACUGGUACUGGGAAAUACAUCAAAUCUUAUCCGUCCAACCAACUGAGUUAGAAGAACAGUGGGCCAUGCCUGUUCAGCCAACUGGAAGAAAAAUACGGGAAGCCAGGCCUUUACAUGCUAGAUACAGGUGGCCAUGUUCGUUCAGCCAAUUAAAGGAGAAACAGAUGAAAUUGUGAUAGAGACGAAGAAUACUCAAGUGCAGUUAUUAGAGAUUACUGGAUCAAAGGUGAUCAUAUUAAUGUAUUUCAGUUGACUUGUUUGGUUAUGGGCUUUAGAUUUGUUUGUGGCAUAGAUUUGUAACUGUUUGACUGAAAUGUUUGUUUGUGCUGCAGAAUUGUAGUUUUGUGAUUAGUAUUUUACUUAGUUUGCUGUAGAUUUGCCACCGUGUGGCCGAAAUAUCCGUUUGUGUGUUGUAGAUAUAUAGACCUGUGAUGUGAAUUUAUCUACAUUGGCUGUAGUUUGGUCGCCGUGAGGAUAAAAUGUUUACUAAUAAAUUGCAGAAUUAC